GUCGAAUUUGUCAGACUGAACCUUGGGUUGUUUCAGCAGGAUCCGCCGUUGAAGUUCUCACAGCAGAGACAUGGCUAAUCUGAAGGGGAUGCUGCUCCGUGGAUGUACUCUCAUGUGUCUUUUAUUUUCAUUCUUCGUCGGGUCUCUUGCUGACGUUCAGACAAGUACAAGUACAUUACAUCAUCAUAUAAGCACCUCACGAGUGCUUCCUCCAAAUACUAGCUUUGAUGAUAGCCACUUAACAGACGCAGAAAACCGGGAAUCUACCGUAUAUGACUAUAGCACUUUUACAACAGUGAUGGAUGAAGUGACUGUCCAUGCUGCUGAUAAUACCGACGUCUCUAUUGAAAGCUGGGCCUGGUAUCCGAUGACCUGGCCUUGGCAUUCGAUUCUCCGCCUGAAUUCCGCCAUAAUUGGCAUCAUCGGUAAUGCAGUCGUAAUCCUCGUCGUUUUCAAUCGUCGGGUCUCCAAGAACUCCACCGACAUCUUGAUCGGAUCUCUGGCAGUGGCUGAUCUGUUGUCUUCGAUAGCAAUCGUCCCCGUCCCUCAGAUCAAGUACGUCCCUUCGACAUGGCUUGGUGAGGUCUACUGCCGAGUGGUCAACGGUCAGAUCUUCAUGUGGUUCUUCGUGACCGCAUCCAUCUUCACCUUGACUGCCAUUUCUGUAGAAAGAUACGUUGCCGUCAUUCACCCGUUCACGUUUCGGCGAAUCUUCUCCAUUCGACGGACAACAAUCUACAUCAUUAUCAUCUGGACGAUCUGUGUCAUCAAUUACGCAACCUACUUCUAUUUCUUCAUCAAGGUGCACGAACCGACCCAUAGCUGCCAGGUGCCCAAAGACCCGCCGUCUUUUCGGCUUCUUGGAGGGCUGUCCCAGGUCAUCUUCAAAUACAUGUGUCCUUUGUUCAUCAUGGUUAUCACCCAAGCAAUGAUCAUCAUAACCUUGCAUCGACAAGCGAAGCGCUUCAGGUCGAUGAACGAUUCCAAAGUGAAAACCACCCAUGCCGAGAAGUCUCACCAUGCGAAAGGAAGAGUCAUCAGGAUGUUGCUAUUGGUCGUCAUCACGUUCAUGGUGUGCUGGUCGCCUAGCCAAAUGUCGUUCCUCCUCUACAGCGCACAGAUCAUUGGUCCUGCCUAUCUCUACAGCCCGUUGAAUCGUAUUUUCACUGUCAUGGGCUUCUAUAACUCUUGUGCAAACCCAAUCAUCUACACCAUAAGCAAUGCCGAAUUUAGACUUGCCGUCAAAAGCGUUCUGACGCGUAAAGGUAGCGAUACAAUCUCGGCUUUCGGAAUCAAAUCAGAAACAGACAAUCCCGAUACUGCAAUGAGUUCAGUGCACGAUACUUAAACACUGAAU